AUGCAACCUCCUGCCAGGCGGCAAAUCAUUCUCAAUGCAUUUGACAUGUUCACGCCGAGCCACCUUUGCUUCGGCCAGUGGCGCAGGGGCGAAGAUGAAGUCGCCGACAAGUUUGGGGAUCUCAGUUACUGGACCAAUCUCGCGCAGACACUUGAGCGAGGGGACAUUCACGCGUUGAUCCUGGCUGAUACUUAUGGUCAGCACGAUAUUUACAAUGGGAGCGCCGAACCAACGAUACGGACAAGUUGCCAAUUUCCCAUGGGUGACCCUGUUAUUCCGGUGACGGCGAUGGCAGCUGUAACGAAGAAACUUGGGUUCAUCGUAACGACCAGUACGAGUUACGAAGCACCAUUCGUCGUCGCAAAGAGGUUCUCGACCCUCGACCAUCUUACGAAGGGACGAUUUGGCUGGAACAUCGUCACUUCUUUCAAGGAAUCUGCUGCUAAGGCCGUCGGCGUCUCAUAUGUCGAACACGAUGAGAGAUAUGCCGCUGCUGAUGAAUACUUGGAGUUGCUCUACGAGUAA